AUGAAGACUUUCGCAUUCGCCACCGUGGCUGCGCUCAGCGCUGUUGCUACCGCCCAAGACUUGGGGCUGUUGCUCUCAUCCUGCGCCUCCGAUCAAUUUCAGGAACUUGGAUUGACCGGAGUCGACGGUGAUCCGUGCAAGAGCGAUGCGGGCAAAUCUUCGUACUAUGAGUGCUCCUGCACCAAGGGUCAGGAGUUUGUCGUCGAUUACCUCUGCAAAAACCCUGGAUCCUGCAGCCCCAGCGACAUCCCUGGCUUGACGGAUACUCUCGUCAGCUUCUGCAAAUCGGUCGGUGUCACCGUCACAGCUCCCUCGAACCCGUGCGGUCUCUCCGGCGGUAGUAGCUCUUCUGCUCCUGCGUCCUCUGCCACAUCCGCUCCCGCCACGUCCGCCCCUAGUUCUUCACCUGCAUCGUCGCCAGCCUCCUCGGCGGCUUCCUCCGCAGCGAGCUCUGCCCCGAGCUAUGCCCCCAGCUCCGCUGCAUCAUCUCCUCCGGCCACAACUCCCGCCGGUACACCCACUACCCCGGCUGGAACCCCUUAUGGUACUCCAGCCGGCACCCCGGCCAGCGCUCCGGCUGCCUACACUGGUGCAGCUGCAGUUAAAAACGUGGCUGGUGGUCUCGUCGGUGUGGCUGGUUUUGCUGGCCUCUUCUUCCUCUGA